UAGCCUGCCACGUGACCGUUUUACGCCGAUUAUUUGCAAACGAACUAAAACGAAGGUGAAUAUCGCUCGCUUUGUGUAUUUAUAAUUUACAAUGGGUAUCUCAAUGUUUACGACUUUGAUAAAUCUCGUGUAUCAGAAAGACAUAUAUCUUCUGCUUCAAGUGUCAUACAUAUACAUAGCUGCGUCGGUGUUAACAUUCGUUUUGCUGGUUUCUGGAAUAACGGCCCCGUACGGUCGCUAUGCACGCGAUGGAUGGGGAAUUUUCGUGAACGGAAAGUUGGCGUGGUUUCUUCAAGAGAUCCCAUCGUUUGCAAUGCCAUUGAUAUUUAUCUUUCAAGAUGCUCCUGGAUUAAGAAAGGCGCCGAAUGUUUUGCUAUUUUCAUUGUUUGUCAUGCAUUAUUUUCAAAGGGCGUGCAUAUUCCCGUUUCUGAUCAAGGGGGGUAAGCCGGUCACUCUAUUUGUGUUUUUGGUCGCCCUAGUGUUCUGCUUUAUCAACGGCUAUCUACAGUCGGCCUUCCUUCUCUUCCACGCAGACUACGGCACAAAAUGGUGGACAAGAACGCAUUUGUGGAUAGGUGUGGUUAUCUUUUGCACGGGUAUGUUUAUUAACAUACAAUCUGAUCAUAUCCUCCGCAAUCUGCGAAAACCAGGCGAAACAGGCUACAAGAUCCCUAAAGGUGGCAUGUUCAACUAUGUUUCGGGAGCGAACUUUUUUGGCGAGAUUUUUGAGUGGUUCGGUUUUACCGUCGCUACAUGGUCGUUUCCAGCGCUAGCGUUCUGGCUCUUUACUUGCAGCAGCUUAGGACCACGAGCAUGGCAACAUCACAAGUACUAUCUGUCGAAAUUCAAGGACUAUCCGAAAUCUCGUAAGGCAGUGAUCCCAUACCUCCUGUAGUCACUAGAAAUAAACGCACGUUACUCCACAACCACAAAUAUCAUCUGGCACCGGCUAUUGAGCGAUAUGAACAACCGACAUCACACCUACGGACAUAUUAGAACAUAAUGUUUUUAUUGAGUGUACGACGUCUUAGCAGUAUUACAAAACGAGUGUUUGCUUGCAUGCAAAUUGUAUUUGAAGUAAGAGUAAAAGUAUGCCUUAAGGAGCACAGUUGCGCGUGCAUGCAUACUGUUUACAAGUGGGCAUACAUAUUUUUAGUGGUUUGCUUACAAACAAUUAAUAUGAGUAAUAUUGCCAAAUUUCGGUCGUUGCUUGGAUUUACAACGAUUCACCAAACCACACACAAUUCUAGGGUUGAUGGCAAACUAUUUUAUAUGUUUGACAUUUACUCAUUAGAAACAGUAGUUACGUUUUCAACCCACAAUCGCACAGAGGAAGAAGUUCAGCUUUAAAAGGGCCUUUUCAUGUUUGGUUAAAAUGACAAAAUUGAAAAAAAGUUGUUUCAGAUUCGCAAAUUUUUGUUUUAGUUAUGAUAUUUGUGAGGAAACAGUAAUACUGAACAUUUACCAUGCUUUAAAAUAGCCACUAUAUGCAUCUUUUGACGAUUUAAAACCCCGAAAAUUAUAAAGCGUUGCAACGCGAAACGAAUAAAUAAUUUGAAGAGUUCUGUUGUUGUCGCUACAUUUUGUGAAACUUCGAGGAUUGGUUAUAUGAAGUAUAAAAUACACGUGUUAUUGUAUCCAGAAGGAUGGCCGAGUGGUCUACAUGGGAGACUUUUUACUCAAGGGGUCAGUGGUUCGAGCCCUGAUGAGGCUUGCCUUUUUUUUAAAUUUUAUUCUUGAAUUUUUACUGGAGCUUUGUAUAUCCAAUGUUAACAUUUAUCAGUAUAAAGCAUUUAAUGACAAACUUCAAAACAUGCCAAAAUCUUUGAAAAGGCCCCUUUAAGUGUGUAGAGAUUUAAAUGUUUUACAUUUUGAUGUUGAAUAAAAUGUUAAGAUGGUA